AUGAAUGUGGAAGAGCAAAAUAACAAAGGGUUUGCCGGAGUCAAUAAUCCUUCAGCUCCUCCGCCUCCACUGGGGACGCCUCCUCCUCCGCUGCCGGGGGCGCCUCCUCUCCCUCCGAUGUCUAUAGUCAACACGAAUGUAUAUGUGAAUUCCGAAAUACCUGUCACAGGUUAUGCUGUUUAUGAAACAGGACCUCCACGUCUUCCCUGUUGUGGUAUUGGUGUUGGCUGGUGCUUGUUUAUACUAGGUUGGUUUCUUUGUGGCAUCCCUUGGUAUGUUGGGGCAAUUAUUUUGGUAUGUUCAAAGAUAGACCCCCGUGAAAGACCAGGAUAUAUUGGUUGCACCAUUUUUGAAUAG